AUGUUACGAACAACAAUAAUUCAUUUGAAUGCGGUGAGAAUUUUAUCGAAUGAGAAAGAUACUUGCUGGUACAAACGUCGGCUGCGGAUACUUAUUAAGACAAUUAUGCCACAAGUAAAAACAGUCAUUCGUCACAAGAACGCAUUUGUCGUUAAAAAAAGUAAACCACGAAAAGUGCAAUCACGUUCACCAUUGAAAUUUGAUUCUGAACAAAUGAAACGCGAAUUGGGUCCUGAACUUGGUGCGAUUGAUAUUCGUAUCGGUAAUCUACAAUUGAAAUUCGAUUCGACGCAAGGCAUUUGGAUAUCUGAUGAGAAAAUUCACGGAGACGAUUUGGAAAGAAGAAAGAACGAAUUAGAUCAGGAAAAUAGUCUGCUGAGUAUUAAACUAGACAUAUUACUUGAUAUGCUCGCUCAAGCCACAGCUGAAGAAGAACUAGCAGAUCAAACGAAACAGGAAUGA